AUGCCCACAUCUAAAAUGGUACAUAAAUACUUCGAACAAAAGGACUCGGAAUGGAACAUCAUUGGCUUUCUUAAAAGUUGUGACUUGGAACCUUAUCCUAAGAAAAUAGAAGAAUACCUUAUAUGCCUUGAAAAAAUUGCAGAUACGGAUGAAGGUCAGAGACGCGAAAGGGCACGGAAAUUACUUGACAAUUACAAACAGGCAAGUUUGAAACCACAAAGACAGUGUUGGGGCACAGGUGAUCUCUGGGAUUGCCUGAUGUUAAAAGUCUCUGGGACCACUGACAUUGUCAGACCAGAUGAUCUCCGGGAUUGUCUGAUGUCAAAAACUCUGGGUCGAGCCACAGACAAGUGUUGGGGCACAGGUGAUCUCUGGGAUUGCCUGAUGUUUAAAGUCUCUGGGACCACUGACAUUGUCAGACUAGAUGAUCUCCGGGAUUGUCUGAUAUCGGAAAGUUUGAAACCACAAAGACAGUGUUGGGGCACAGGUGAUCUCUGGGAUUGCCUGAUGCUUAAAGUCUCUGGGACCACUGACAUUGUCAGACUAGAUGAUCUCCGGGAUUGUCUGAUAUCGGAAA